AUGGAGAAGACUGACAUGGAGCUGAAGCAGGAAGAGGAGGAAGGCGCUCCGGCGCCGUCCGUGGAGCGGGUUUUCGAUGGGGUGAGGGUGCCGGCAUGGCGGGAGCAGGUGACAGUCCGUGCCCUGGUGGUGAGCUUGGGGCUGUCGGUGAUGCUGAGCGUGAUUGUGAUGAAGCUGAACCUGACGACGGGGAUCAUCCCUUCGCUCAACGUCGCCUCCGGCCUCCUCGGAUUCUUCUUCGUCAAGGUGUGGACCAAGGCGUUGGAGCAAGCCGGCGUCCUCCGCGUCCCCUUCACCCGCCAAGAGAACACCGUCAUCCAGACCUGCGUCGUCGCUGCCUACGGCCUCGCCUUCAGUGGUGGUUAUGGCAAUUACCUUUUCGGAAUGAGUUCGAAAAUAGCUGGCCAAGCAACAGAAGCAGAUGAUUCACAGAAUAUCAAGGACCCAAAAUUAGGAUGGAUGAUCGCGUUUAUGUUUGUUGUCAGUUUUGUAGGAUUGUUUUCUCUCGUUCCCCUCAGAAAGGUAAGUAGAAUCCAACAACGACCUACUGAUUGUACUGGCAAUCGCCCAUCUGCAAACUCUUCAAGUUUUGGUAAUAUAAUGAUCAUCGACUACAAGCUGAUCUAUCCGAGUGGCACUGCAACUGCAUACCUUAUCAAUGGCUUCCAUACUCCUCAGGGUGAAAACUUGGCCAAGAAGCAAGUGAGGACACUAGGAAAAUUCUUUAGCUUCAGCUUCUUGUGGGGAUUCUUCCAAUGGUUUUAUAAAUCUGGCGAUGACUGUGGAUUUGAAGCUUUCCCUACAUUGGGACUUAAGGCUUAUGAGAACAAAUUUAACUUCGACUUUUCGGCUAUGUAUGUGGGAGUCGGAAUGAUCUGCCCACAUAUUGUGAAUGCAUCAAUUCUCAUAGGAGCCAUCCUUUCAUGGGGAAUCAUGUGGCCUCUCAUUAAUAAUCAAAAGGGCAACUGGUAUUCAGCAGAUCUUGCACCAAACAGUCUACAUGGCUUGCAGGGAUACAGGGUCUUUAUAGCUGUCUCCAUAAUUCUUGGUGACGGCCUUUACAAUUUCCUCAAGGUCCUAACUAAAACAGUGCAAACUUUCGUUUCUGAUUCGCAAAAAAUCCGUCUAAGCACUCUUCCGGUCUCAGACGAAGUUCAAAUGGCUAAACAACCAAUUGUUUCAUACGACGAUGAUAGGAGAAUUGAGGUAUUCCUCAAAGAUCAAAUCCCAAAGUGGGUAGCAAUUGGGGGAUAUAUUAUAGUUUCCUUAGUUUCGAUCAUCACACUCCCUCACAUCUUUCCUCCACUCAAGUGGUACUUCAUCUUGGUUGCCUAUGCCGUGGCUCCAGUACUAGCUUUCUGCAAUGCCUAUGGGUGUGGCCUUACAGAUUGGAACAUGGCGUCGACCUACGGAAAGCUUGCCAUUUUUGUCUUUGGGGCUUGGGCAGGUGCCCACCAUGGUGGCGUGCUUGCGGGCCUUGCCUCCUGUGGUGUCAUGAUGAGCAUUGUAUCCACUGCUUCUGAUCUAAUGCAAGACUUCAAAACUGGGUACUUGACACUUUCUUCUCCGAGAUCUAUGUUUGUGAGCCAAGUCAUUGGUACUUCCAUGGGUUGUGUGGUCGCUCCAUGUGUUUUCUGGCUUUUCUAUAAGGCCUUCGAUGAUAUCGGCGUUCCAGGCAGUCAAUACCCAGCACCUUAUGCCAUCAUUUACCGAAACAUGGCAAUUCUAGGUGUCGAUGGUUUCUCCGCACUACCAAAGCACUGCCUCACACUGUGCUACAUAUUUUUCGCACUGGCUAUUCUCAUCAACUUGGCAAGGGACUUGUCUCCUAAGAAGGUGGGCCAAUGUAUACCAAUUCCAAUGGCAAUGGCUAUACCUUUUUACAUCGGAGCAGCCUUUGCCAUUGACAUGUUUAUAGGAACUGUGAUACUAUUUGUGUGGCAAAAGAUGGACAGGGCAAAAGCAGCAGCAUUUGGUCCUGCAGUAGCAUCUGGUCUGAUAUGUGGUGAUGGAAUAUGGAGUCUACCCCAAGCAGUGCUUGCAUUGGCCCAAGUCAAGCCACCGAUAUGCAUGAAGUUUCUCUCGAGAAAAAUGAAUGACAGGGUAGAUGCUUUUAUUAAUUCAGCAUCAUAGUUAUAAAUUGGAAACAAGGAAUCAAGGUGGACAGAAUGAAUUGUUGCAACCACCUUUAUCUGUCAGAUAUGAUCUCUAAAUAUAUUAUGGCACCAGUUAUUAUGUAUUCAGAUACUUAUAUGUAAUAUAUGUUUAGCUUUUCUAAUGGAAGUUAUCUUUAGGGAGGGAAAGCUAAAUCACCUACCUGAAUAUUGUUCCAUGUUUUAUGUAGUGUUGCAAUGGUAGUUUUCUACUUUCAACUAGAAGUUUACUAUCUAUGUAUAUUGCAAGGUUUCUUUUUUGAUA